UGAAUGUUGGAAAAAAAAUUGUUACACUUUUGGAGACAGUUUUACGCGAGCAGUGUAAGUUUUCACAGGCGGUGCUUCCAGGACUUCAGCAUGUGUCGGGUUCCCCAAGAGUUCAACCUGGUCAGAGAGAGGAAUUUCAUGGAGGCUAAGGAUGAAUCGAGUUUUGCCAGGACGUCUGCGGAUUUUGGCCCUGCAAUCCCAAGCACUCCGAACUCGUCUGUCACAUUUUCAAUCCUGGCAUCUGAGAAUCUUUGGGCAGCGGCACAAUUGCAGUACACUACUCAUAUUUACCCAAAGCCAGCCAUAACCCAGGAAUUUGGCAAUGUUCCAGGACCGAUCAAAGGCGCCAGAUCGGGGGAAUACGUGAUUGGGCCGCAAAUAAUGCUUUUUAUCUCUGCUUUCGCAAAACACGGGAAAGCUUCCAUGGCUGCAACAAAACAAUUACGAGAGAGGAAUUUCAUGGAGGCUAAGGAUGAAUCGAGUUUUGCCAGGACGUCUGCGGAUUUUGGCCCUGCAAUCCCAAGCACUCCAAACUCGUCUGUCACAUUUUCAAUCCUGGCAUCUGAGAAUCUUUGGGUUCUUUGGAUGUUCUCGAGCCACCUGAUACAUUCAGAAAUGCGAUACCAUGAGUGACAGGAAUCUUCAGUGAGGAAUAACAAUUAUGGUGAGGGCAAAAAAAAUAUCAAAAUUUUAAUAAAGCUUUUUAUUCAUGUGCAAA